AUGGAGACCUGGUUUUGGAUUCUUGGCUGGGUUCUUUCGUUUCUUGCCAUCGCUGGAAAUGGAAUAACAAUCUACCUCGUCUGCAGCAGAGGAAAUCUCCGCACCAAAAGCAACGCGUUUAUUGUUUCACUUGCAGUAGCAGAUUUGUGUGUUGGUUUGGGCGUUAUUCCUUCUCUGUUAGCUUGCGACAUUACAAACACCUGCUACUGGCCUAAGAUUUUUCCUUCAUGGAUCGAUGUCAUAAGGUGGCUGUUUAGCUACUCGUCUGUUUUAAACUUGUGUUCUCUGGUGCUCGACCGUUACAUCGCCAUCAUAAAGCCUUUUAAAUACAUAACUUUUAUGACUCGAUCUCGUGUUAUUCAAGUGAUAACUUCCUGUUGGAUAGCGUCAUUUACGCUGGUUGCGCUCAAGACCGCACUUCGACUUUGCUGUGAGACCCCUCUGACCAGUAUCGUUGCAGUUGCGGUUUUAAUGAUUUGCAUGGAAAUCAUUCCUUGUAUUCUGCAGAUACUCUGUUUUGUGUCAAUGUUACUUCAUGUAUGGAAACAUGAUCGGUCAGCACGCACCCUAGCAAAACAGUUACGUUUUAACCAUCGGAUAUCUUUUAAAACCCAUCACGAGAAGUCUGCAGUAAUAAUGAUGGGUAUUGUGAUAGGAGUGUUUGUUGUGUGCUACGGAAUAUAUUUACGUUGUAGUCUAGUAGUUCUGUCAGACACAAAUGCAUCAUGUAAAGAUCAACAAUACAAAAUUCCUGUCUUGAUUUUAAACUCGGCCAUUAACCCACUGUCUUAUGCUUUUUUCAAAAGAGACAUAAAGAAAGAGUUUAGAAGACUUAUCGGUCAGGUGGUUUUUAAGAAAAGUAACCAAGUAGAGCCUUCCACUUCAGUACGUUAGAUCAUUUUUGAAGGACCGAGAUCUUAAUAUUAGUUGGCAGAACUGCUUCUGAUUGCGGAUUGUGUCAGGCAUGGCAGGCGGCAGUUUUGGGGCCGGCAAAUCCCUGACGGUUUGUCUCGAAUCAUAGUUCGGAAGCACUGGUGUUUAAGGAGGGUACAAGAACCAAACGACGAUAAGAAUACAAUCCAGUAUAUGUCAGAUGCUCUCUUGAAACAAUUCCGAGGUUUAUCAAGCCAACGUCCACAAAACUGGUAGACGAAAUUUGUAAAUUAAAACAUUUUUGUUUCAGACCAAGUGACAGUAUUUAUUUUUCCUUACUUUAUUUUCUAAAAUAACUUUUGUAAUCAACUCUAGAUCUGUUAAGUAGUUUCCUAGAAUUUAAACAAACAUAGAGUAAACGUUUUUGUUUUCGUGCAAGAAGAGAAUUAUAGUAUUUUUUUUCCUUUCCCUGCAAACUGAUGGUUAAUUAAGCUCAGUCCAUACCAAGUGUGAAUGAAUUAUUCAAAACUGUCGAGCCCGAUCUGUAUGAUCAUAUUUAUGUAUGUAUUGAUAUCUAUAUACAGGCAACAUGGACAGUUUUUUCAGAUACCCUAUGACGCGGCGAAAAGCUAUCUUUUUCUUCCUACACAAGUUUUAAAGUAGCUUUCAAUUGCCUUAAGUUUAACCGAGAACAGUGGAAGCUUUUGUAAAUAAUUUGUGAUAAUAGUCUUAAUUUGCAGUAUAGUAGCGGAUGUAAUUUGUCUUUGUCAGUCUGAAAUUUGUUUUUCUUGUCUGUUUAAGGUGGCUCGACUGGUUUUUUUUAGGGAUUAUACUUUUCAAGUUUGAGCAUUUACUAUGUCGACAUUAAAAAAGGAAUCGGAAAAAGAUUUACCACGGCUGUAUUGUAUGAAGAUGAAAAUUUGUUAUGAUGUAUGUUUUAUCGACAUUUUCGGAGUUACCGUAAUGAGGCCAUUACGUAUUUUACUUACCUUUGUAUUUCUCGGUAACAGGACUUUUUCUCAGAAAUCGCCUGAGGGAGCUUGUACCUUCCUUCACUGCCUAAAUAGUCUAGUGUCGAAUUCGUCGCGGCCUCUAAAUAGAAGCACUGAAGACUCGUUUAAACAGUGCUAGCCUUGACCUAAGGUAAAUAUAUUCGCAAAUUCCAGUCAGAAGAAGACCCGUGUACAACUGUGUCUAUUGUUUUAAACUCCAAUUCAGGCACCUUCUCGCCCGGUUAUUUGAGAAUAUUUUUCUUUAAAUUUGCAAAUUGUAAAUUGUUAUUUGUUUACCCACGAAACACUUAGGAGUUCAUGAGAACUCGUUGAAACGUGUCCGUGCGUUCCAGAUCGAACUGGAAUUUGGAAGUGUUGGUUUUUAAGGAGAGGGGAAAACCCGAGUAUCCAGAAAGAAACCUCGCGGAGCAACGGAGAGAACCAACAACAAACUCAACCCACAUUUGAAGACGACGCCGGGAUUUGAACCCAGAUCACAUUGUUGGUGGGAGGCGAGUGCUCUCACCACCGCGCCACCCUUGUUCCCCAACUGGCUCGAGGCUAACCCUGUACAAAUAAGUCUCCGGCGCUUUUAUUCAGCGGCCACGACGAAUUAAAACCUAGACUGUUAUGAUUUCUGAAAAAACUCCUGCUACCAAGAAAUACAAAGGCAAGUUAAAAACGAAGUGGCGUCAUUGCGUUGCCAUCGCAACUCCGAUAUCAAUAAAACAUGUGUCAUAACAAAUUUUCAUCUUUAUAUAGUUAAUAACAGCUGUACGUAACAUUUUUCUGAUAUGUUUGUGAAUGCUGAAGUCAAAAUACUCAAACUUAAAGUUCCUUUUCGGCUUGGUUCGACUUGGUGUUUGCUUUUUCACCCACGAGUUUGUGUUGGUCCAUUCGUAAAUAGGGUAUUCAAUUCAAUUCAAUUCAAUUCUUUAUUUCACACUAUAUAAGAUAUUUACAUCAGUGUACGUAGAUAGGAAAAUGAAGUAGCUGAUAAAUAAUAAUUAACUAAAAGACAUUAAGUUCAUUUGUGUACAGUGUCCAAAAUAGCAAGAAAUGCAUUUUUAUUACACCUAUCAAAAUUUGUCAUACUCUUAUUCGCCCCACUCAAACGAACGAAAAGAUUUUUUCUGUAGACUCUUUAAAAUUUGUGGUAAAAGAACUAAGUGUGGGUUGGUUGCAACUUUUGGAUAGGGAGGGAUUUUGGAAGUUUAGUUUAGUAUAGGGUAGAAAAAUUCAGCUGAACCAGGAGUAAAGACUAGGUGUCCCAGUGUCCCAACGGCAAAUUACCACCCGAAAAAUUUCCCCAUGGGGAAACCCUAAAAAGAGUAGAGGAGCAACCUCGUCCCCAGGGCGCUUUUCCCUGGCUUUGGAGGUGGGGCGGGAAAAGGCCCUGGCAUCGGCCGGUCACAUAACCACCAAACAGCCAGAAUUUGUGGGUGUACUUAAAAUAGCUUAUGAUCGCAUACGAUAAACAAAACAUCGAAGAUGGCGGGUAUACCAGAGUUUUUAUCAGUGCUUGGCCGGGUCAGAUUUUUCCUGAGUAACGGUAACUUUCCAUUGCUUAAUUUUAAACCUCUUCAAGUAAAAUGCUUCGAAUCUAUCCUGAAAGGCCAGGAUAUUAUUGAAGUGUCUUACCUACUGGAUCUGGCAAGUCGAUGCUAUUUCACAGUACUGUACCGUUCUCGCCUCGAUAAAGCCGGAACAACUAACGCUGCUCUUGUAAAAGCAACUAAGCACAAAGCCAACGCGGCAACUAAUGAGGUUCGCGUGGAGAACCGAGGCAAUGGGACGAGGUUGGUAGAGGAGAUGUCCACCGCUGGAACGGUACAUUGAAGAACGUUACAUCACAAAAUUUUCGAAAUUAAACGAUAAAGAACAUUUUUACCUUUAUUAGAUUCCAAGAAUUUAUUAAAACAUUUUGUUGCUAUUUUAUCAUCAAAACACGAAGAAACGUUAGGCAUUUAAUAUAUUAUUGUCUUGCUGCAAAGUUUUGUUUUAGCACAGCGCAAGACAAACUAUUAUUUAAUGACAUUAAUUAGCAAAUUAUUACAAAUAAAGACGAAGUAAAGAACAAAUAGAGCGUUUUCGCUCACGUGGCCAGCAACUAUACAAAUUUAUUGGAGCAAAAGAGAGCGUUUACAUAAGAAAAGAGUUCAUGCAGUCAGCUCCCACAGGAUUGGUUGGCACGCCAACAAGGCCGCCGUUUUAUUGUUUUGAAUACCAAUAUGGCAGCCGUGACGUCAUGUGAAAACGCUCCAUACUAACCAGUUGACAUGUGUCCGUGAUAUUUAUGCGAGAUGUUGGUUAUAUUCUACAGUUGAUAAGAACUUCCUCUAACUGUUAAGAAUGGAGACUUGGUUUUGGAUUCUUGGCGGGGUUCUUUCAUUUCUGGCUAUCAUUGGAAAUGGAUUUACAAUCUUCCUCGUCUGUAGCAGAGGAAAUCUCCGCACCAAAAGCAACGCGUUUAUUGUAUCACUUGCAGUAGCAGAUUUCUGUGUUGGUUUGAGUGGUAUUCCUUCUCUGUUUUUGCGACAUUACAAACACCUGCCCUUAGCCUGA